CGGCGGCGACAUCCCCCCGACAGAGGCGAGACUAAAUCAGUCCGGCGGACUCGAGAAGCGAUAGUCAUGGAUUGGGAGGUGCGAGCGGCGUCGCUGGUUCUCCUCUUGGGGAUUCUACUCGCGACGAUACAAAAUGGAAUCGCCGAGCGCAGGAUCGUCUGCUACUACACCAACUGGUCGGUGUACCGGCCGGGCACGGCGAAGUUCUCCCCUCAGAACAUCAACCCGUAUCUAUGCACCCACCUGAUCUACGCGUUCGGCGGCUUCACGAAGGACAACACGCUGAAGCCGUUCGACAAGUACCAGGACAUCGAGAAAGGUGGUUACGCCAAGUUUACCGGCCUGAAGACUUACAAUAAGAACCUGAAGACGAUGUUGGCGAUCGGCGGGUGGAACGAGGGCUCCAGCCGAUUCUCACCGAUGGUGGCGGAGCCGACGCGACGGCGCGAGUUCGUGAAGAACACCGUCAAGUUCCUCAGGCAGAAUCACUUCGACGGGCUCGAUCUCGACUGGGAGUACCCGGCCUUCAGGGACGGCGGGAAGCCGCGAGAUAAGGACAAUUACGCCAACCUCGUGCAGGAACUUCGCGAGGAGUUCGAGCGUGAGGCCUCGAAGACAGGCAGAGCGCGCCUGCUGCUGUCGAUGGCGAUGCCGGCCGGCAUCGAGUACAUCGACAAAGGCUACGACGUGCCCAGGUUGAACGACUACUUAGACUUCGUCAACCUGCUGUCCUACGACUAUCACUCGGCGUAUGAGCCCGCUGUCAAUCACCACUCGCCGUUGUACCCCCUGGAGGAAGACAACGAGUACAAUUACGACGCCGAGCUGACUAUCGAUUACACGAUCAGCCACCUCCUGGAGAAAGGCGCGUCCGCGGACAAGAUCGUUCUCGGAAUACCGACGUAUGGCCGGUCGUACACCUUGUUCAACCAAGACGCGACCGAGCUGGGCUCACCGGCGGAUGGCCCGGGUAUCGAAGGAGAGGCCACUCGAGAGAAAGGUUACCUAGCUUAUUACGAGAUCUGUGAGGGUAUAGCGGAAUCCGAGGACUGGGAGGUCGUCCAGCCGAAUCCUAACGCUAUGGGGCCGUACGCCUUCAAGGAAGACCAGUGGGUGGGCUACGACGACGAGGACAUAGUCAAACUGAAGGCCCGCUAUGUGAACGAGAAGAAGCUGGGCGGCAUCAUGUUCUGGUCGAUCGAUAACGAUGACUUCCGCGGCAAGUGCCACGGCCGACCUUAUCCAUUGAUCGAGGCGGCGAAAGAGGCCUUGCUCACGGACAACAGAAAUACUAUUGACAAGUCGAAGUCAGCGGACGGUCGAAAGAAGACUCGCACUCAGACCAGCCAGAGCAAUUCCCUCGUUCGCAAGUUGGGCUCGAGCAGCCGAAGAAGCACCACCACAGCGGCCCCGGCGGUGAGGAAACGCGUAUCCUCGACGAGAACGAAGUAUCGCACCAUCGCGAGGCCGAAAGCGAGCGACGAGGAGCAGGAGGAUCGAGAGGUGUCGAGAAGAUCGUACGAAUCGUCCGCGGAGGAAGACAUAGAGGGCAAAAACACCGUCAGGGUGACGGAGAAGACUGAGCGGCCGAAGAAUCGGAGUCGAAGCAAGACGCGCAGCGGCUCCACCGAUCGCAGCUCUCGCAGGAAGCAAUCCAGACGCAAAAGCCAGACCAAGACCGACGACGGCGAGUCUUUGAGCAACAAGCUGACGACACCCGAGCCACCGACCACUCCGGAUCCGGGGACUGACUUCAAGUGCGAGGACGAAGGCUUCUUCUCGCAUCCCCGAGACUGCAAGAAGUAUUUCUGGUGCCUGGACAGCGGUCCGGGCGGACUCGGCGUGGUUGCACAUCAGUUCACCUGUCCGUCAGGACUGGUGUUCAACAAAGCGGCGGACUCCUGCGAUUACCCGCGCAAUGUGAUCUGCCCCAAGUCGAAGACGACCGUCGUCUCGACCACCAGGUCGCCCAUCACGGCCGCGACCAGCCGAACGACCUAUUUGCACAGCACGACGACCGCGAAGGCGGAACCGGCGGAAGAGGAGUACGAUUCGGAGGAGGAUUACGACGACGAUGAAAUCGAAGAGAGCGAAGAAGAGGAGGUGAAGCAGGAACCGAAAAUCACCACGACGGCGAAGCCGCUCGUAUACAAGACGCUCACCAGAAACAGGCCGAGUACGACCACCACAACGUCGACGACUUCGAGAUCGAGCGGGUCGGAAAAACCCAUCGACAUUGAGGACGAGGAGGAUCCGCGGGUGAUCAAGGAACUGAUCGAUCUCAUUAAGAAAGCAGGCAAGCAUUUUCAAUUUCUGUUUCUCUCUCUCUCUCUCUCUCUCUCUCUCUCUCUCCAAAUUUUAGGCGGAAUAGAGCAGCUCGAGAAACAAUUGCUGCUCCAGGAGAAAAACUCUGACACGACGUCGGGUAGCGCGAGCGUCACCCCGGCUGCAAUCAGUCGCAGUUUGUACGAACGCGUGCUAAAUCGCCAGGCGAACAAGAUCGCCGGUCAACAGCCGGUAUUGUCGUCUGCAGAGACCAGUUACGUGAACGGGCCAGGAAGAGCACAGUUCGAAGGCUUGGACGAUAUCCCCGAGGUGAAGAGUCUCAGGCGAUCGCAGAAGCCUCAAUACGUCACCAUCGAGAGACCCAAAUCGAACAAGAAAGGACCGGGGAAUGAAGACGAAGACGAGGACGAGGAAGACGACAACGCUGAGACAGCGUUCUCCGAGGAGCAGAGCGUCAAUAACCCAUUAGAAGGUGGCUCGUCCACGCAACGAGUGACGCCAAAUUACGUGAACAUUCGACGCGCGCGACCUUCCACCACCACGUCCAGGAACGAGAACGACGUGGGAGAGAAGGAAGUCGAGGAGGAGAGACCGACUCGCAGACGACGGCCGUCCUUCUCUACCAAGCAACAGGAUAACGAAGCAAACUCUGAAACGUCCAAAUCCUCCCGAAACCGAGGUUCAAUUUUCAGGAAUUUAGAGAAGAAUGACGGCUCGGAAGGUGCGGAUCGAUCGGCAGAGGACGACGGCUCGUCAACUACGAAAUCUAGGUACGUCAGCAUACAAAGAUUUCGAAGCACCACUUCGAGGAUCCCGGAGGACUUAUCUAGCGCGAUAACACCGUUAUCGGAGCCUGUGAUCGAGACCGCUUCGCCUUACACGAGAGUGCAAGAAUACCCUCAAGUGUUCAGCACGCCAGCCAGCACGACGACCUCGUCGUCCACGGCCUCCACGCCGACCACCUCGACGUCUACCGAGGUCAUCACCGUCAUCAGCGUCGAGCCAUCCGACAGCCCUUCGAGCGUCAGUCCGGCGAUCGACGCUACGAUCGGCUCCACCACGGAGCCGGUGAAGCUGGUGGAAGAUUCCGCGACGGAGAUCCUGCUGACCACGGUACCGGGGAGCAGCACGAGCCAGUUGACGACGACAACCACGACCACGGCGAGCAGGUCGACGAUCGCCGCGGUGUCGCAGCCGCGACCGUUCGGUUUCACCAGACGAAGAUCCGGCGGCUCGCCGGAGACGGCGACGACGACUCCGUCGAGCAACCAAGUGAGGUCCAAGGUGAGUAUAACGUCGCGAAACCUCACGCGCUCGUCCAGCCCGUACCUGGGGCGAGUUCGAUUAAGGAGACCGAGCAACGGAGUCCGAGUCGCCGAGGACGAGCCGGUGGAACAGGUGGACGCUCCGCGAACGGACACGUCCAGGAACAAGGACACUGGUAGAACGCGCGUCCGGGGAUCCAACAGGUACCCCCCGUCGACGCAUAGGUCGCGGACGGAGGACACUGUGUCCGCGAACUCAGUCCCGGGGAGAUACAGAGAGCGAAAUAGGACGACCAGCAGCCCUACGACCGCCGGCAACAUCGGCGGUUUCAAGAAAAGAUACCGGCGACCCAGCAGAACCAGCAGCACCGAGUCCACCAAGUCCAACGAGUUGGACGACAGUCCGAUCGUCAGGAUAACGCAAGACGGCGCGAGGAGGAAUCCGCCGUUCCGCUCGCGGGCCGAGAGCAACGACGAGGAGAGCAACGAGAAGAGCAACGAGAAGAUCACGAACAUCAGGGUCUUCCGGAGACCUGCCACCGUCAAUCGCGACCUGUACGACAGGAACAAGUACACGAGGAAGAGGAACAACGUGGACUUUGAAGCGGACUCGGCGCAGAAGGCGGACGACGAGUCGAAUCAGAAGCGGACGACGACGACGACGCUGAAGGUGCCCGAUGAGAACGUCACUGCGGAGCUCGACAAGAUCGAGAGAAGCGACUCGGUGAAUAUCGUCGAUCAGGGUAACGACACGACGACGACGGUCGACUCCGCCCUUGAGUCCAACACCAUCGAGCCUUACACCACGCGACCGACCGCGGAGACCGACGCCACGACUGCCCCCAACGACAAGGUGGACUACACGAGCGACCGACCCGAAGACGCCGUCGCCACGACGACCGCGCGGAUCGAGAGCCACGAGUUCAAUCCCGACCUGGCGACGAUCGCCUCCCCCGAACGCGUCGGUCUCGACAACGCGUCGGAAGUGCCGAGGAGACGCAAGGUCAUCCUGAGGAGGCGGCCCGUGUCGAGCACCGCCGCCAACGCUGUCGAGGUGGUGGAGGAGGAGGAGCAGAAAUCGUCCCAAGUGGCGCGUAGGCGGAAAGUGAUCAAGCGAAUACGUCCGAUUCAAGACACCUCGUCUCCGACUUCAGCCGAGGCCACUCUCGAGGAAGAGGAUAUCACGAGUUCUCUUUCGGAACCGACCACGCCGAUGGGUCGUAAAGAUACUGAAGGAUCGACGCUCGUCACCGGUCAACCGACAGUCACGGGCGAAAUGGAGGACUUCACUCUAACCGAAGGCACGGAGACCACCUUGACCACGAACGACGACAUCGACGGCUCCACGAAGGUCACUCUGGAGACGCCCGUUCCAGAAUCCACGACGCCUUCCGACGCAGGCAUUACCGAUUUCCUCAGCACCGCCGCUAUGUCCACGUUCGACGUCGACCAGGAGUACCGCUCGACCAUCGGCGCAGAAGCCACCACGGCGGAGUCGACGUUGGCGACAGCCGACCUCACGGAGAGCGACGCGUUCCUGGAGGAGACGCUGUUACCGUCCACCCAGAAUUCGCCCACCGUCCGCGCGCAGACGAUCUCCACAUUCACGUCCACGCCGGAGCCCGACUCGUCCGCCGCUACGAGACCGAACUUCGAGCCGAGGUACGCGCGCAGGAAGUUCAUUCGCAAGAUCCCGCUACCGUCCACGGGGAACACGACCGACCGGUACCCGGUGUCGUCAACGGAGGACGGCAGCUUGGAAGUUCUCUCGAAGCGCAGGAACAAUCUUUUCGUCAGACGCUACCCGGUCUCCUCCACGAGCGCCAGCACUCUUCGCGAUGAAUUCAAGUCCGAGGAAGCGGAGGAUAAUUCUCGUGAUUUCGAGCAAGAGGAAGCCGCGGAUGACAAUUUCUCGAAGGGCUACGGCGUGAGCGGUGAGCCGGCCUCGACCGGCGCUGUCCUCAGAGACGAAUCCGCGGAGUUCUGGCGGCGUUACACCCCGGCAUCCUCCACGGCUUCCAGAAGUUACCUCUCGGAUCGUCCGGAAGACGUUGAGGAUCGCGCGACCAGGGAAUUCACGGAUCAAGACUCGCAUCGUUCGACGCUGAGCGUCAGCCGCAGGCUCGAAGUGCGCCCGCGAUACAAGGUCCCCGCGAUCCUGAAGAGACCCUUCGAUCCUGAAGAGGCUCUCUCGCCUAGACGGUUUCACCCGUUCGACUCUGCGCCCGAGGAGUCCGAGGACACACCGGAAACGAAAGACGGCAGACUCAGGCAGUCUACUUUCAGACAACCACGCACACGUUACAGGCUUCUCGAGCGCGGUAACGUCAGGGUCGAAGACGCCACCGUAGCGGACACGGCGACGUUGGCUCCGGAGGCGACGACCUGGCAAAACUUCCGGACGCGUUCGUACUCGAAGCGCCCGUUGAUCACCACCACCACCACCACGGAAGCAGCGGUCACGGAGACCCUGAUACCGGCCAAGAAGUUCGAUUACGCGGCGGACGCCGUUCACCGGAAAUCACUGAGGACGACGACGCCGAAGGCGGCGCCGGGGAGCGGCGAUUCGCUCUACGACUCGAACCUGGUGGACUACGCGAGCACGACGACGACGAAGCCGCUGGUCACCAGACUGGUCACCUCGGUGGCCGAGUCCGGCACCACCGAGAGGCAGAAGAUCCUCAUCAAGACCAAGUACUCGUCGCUGACGUCCACCACGAGGAUACCAGCGGACCAGUUCCUCUCGACGACCCCGACGCCGUUCGCGGUGACCGGAGCGUCCGACGACGACGACGAGUCCGUCAACGAAAUCCGUCCGGGAGUCGAGCGCUCCACCCUGCCAAUCGAGGGCGAAUUCAACUAUCGCUACGGCCGCUUCACCACCGAGUCCCACGAGUCCUCGACCAUCGAGAUCGAGUCGGUGUUCAGCAACCUGAUCGCCGACAAAGCCUCCGCGAAGUAACAGCGAGACGACGCAAGUCGUUACCCGAUCCUCAUCGGACGCCGAUGUCGAUCAAUAUGUAUAUAAGAUACACAGCCAUUUCGAAGGUCCCCGAAGCGACCCUCUCGGGGCCGAUCGGUCUAGGAUUAAUAGACGCCUGCGAUUGAUGUUCGUCGACCUCAACAUUACUAAUGUACAUAGAAAUAAAUAGCGCGUUUAAGUGUAUAUGUAUACUUGAGACACCAACGAGAGAUGGACCGUUUGUUAAAGUACAGUUACACGAGCAUGUGUGAAGCGGAAGGACAAGGACUCUCGCCCCGGCACACGACGACCGACCGAAUAAUCGUCUUCACGCAUUACCACCAAUCACCACCAUCAUCAAUAACGACGAAUCAUAAUGAGCACCUCCAUCCGCUUACGUCUCUCUCUAUCUCUCUCUCUCCAUCCCCCCCGCCCCAGAGGAACCCCCGACCGAGACCUCUGAAUAUAACUUUCGACAACGUAGCCAUCACGACGAACCAACACCACCUUAACGACUUCACAACGAGCGCAAGUACGAUCAUCACUAAACGCCACUUCAACCGCAGGAACGACCGCUUAUCAUCCGCGCAUUAACGCAGCAAGCGAGAGACACGCACUCGUUCGCGGCGCUUCGACAGCUAAAGAGGCCCCCCCGAGGGUCUCUUCGCCCUCCCACUCAUCAUCUCCGGACGUUGCGGCGCGCGCACACACAUACACGCGUACACAGAGACAGAAAGAACCGCACGAGAAAAAGAUGACGAAAUGAGACGAAGCGGGAAUGACAGGGGGGAGAGGAAAGGAGAGAAAGAGGAAAGAGG